GAAAAAACGAAAACUGAGUUUCCGUUUGACACUAUUUACAUGGAACUCAAUUCCAUGGUGCUUGGCGUAAGCAUUCUUGGUGAUAUAUGACAUUGCGAGUAUUUGAUUAUGAUGACGAUGAUGAUGAAAAACAAAAAAACAAAAAAAGUUCCCCCUUGAAUCAAUUCAGUUCUCACUUACUCUAAACUCUCCUCUCUCUCUCUCUCUCUCUCUGGAAGCCCAAGAAACGAGAUGUAUAACAAAGUGAAAGUAGAUAGUUUCUUUCCAAGCACCAAACCAUCUCUCUCUCUCCAUAGUACAGUCUCUUCAUCUCUCUCCCUCCCUCGCCUCUCAUUUUUCUGUUCUCUUUUUGUAUAAGUAAAACGAAAAACACUCUCACAGAACUUCAAAAUCCACUCCGGUUUAUCGGGUGACGGAUCUGUAACCCGUUUUACGGACGCUUUUGGGUUUUCUCAAGAACCUUCUCUCUUACAGUGCAUAGAUACUCAGUCCUUAAAAAACCCUAGCAUCAUUUCUUGUUUUUCACUUUCUCAAUCCAGUAGUAGUCAUGGCUAAUAGUAACCACCACCAUAAUCAUCAUCAGAAUCAUCAACAAAAUCAUCCAGAAGGAUUAACAGAUGAUUUCUUUGAACAGAUCUUGGCCAUUCCAUCUUACCCUGGAAACCACCAUCACCAACACCAGCGUCAUGAUUCUUCAGGUUUAACUACAAAUGUUGGAAAUUUGGCGGGAACACCACCACCACCAUCUUCAUCUAUGCUUUUACAACUCAACUCUGGGAAUAGUAAUAUUUAUCAUCAACAACAGCAGCAACAAGGAAAUCUGUUUCCAUUAGGUUUAGGUUUAGAACAAUCUUUAGGGAAAACUAGUAGUACUAGUUUCAUGAAGCUAAAUGAAGAAUCAUCAACAACUUCAGGAAUGGGACAUGCUUCAUCUUCUUCUAAUGAUAACAGAGGAGGAGGGCUAGGAAAUUCAGCUCAUAUGUCAAAUUUAUUUCCCAGUGCAUUUGGAGGACAUCAUGUACAGCAGCAGCAGCAACAACGACAUUCUGUGAGACCUACGCUACAAUCCCAUCAGGUUCAUCAGCAGCCUUUCCACGGGCAACCUACACCAGGUGCUGCAGGUACUGUACAACAUCCACCUGCAAUUCGACCAAGAGUGCGAGCUAGAAGAGGACAAGCCACUGAUCCCCACAGUAUAGCAGAGCGGUUACGAAGAGAAAGAAUAGCUGAAAGAAUGAAGGCUUUGCAAGAGCUGGUUCCUAGUUCCAACAAGACGGAUAGAGCAGCUAUGCUUGAUGAAAUUGUGGAUUAUGUCAAGUUCUUAAGGCUGCAAGUGAAGGUCCUGAGCAUGAGCAGAUUAGGAGGAGCUGGUGCAGUGGCCCAACUUGUUGCUGACACCCCACUUUCAUCAGUUGAGGGGGAGGCUAGUGAUGGCGGAAGCAAUAGACAAGCAUGGGAGAAGUGGUCAACUGAUGGUACAGAACAUCAAGUAGCAAAGCUCAUUGAAGAAGAUGUUGGAGCUGCGAUGCAGUUCCUUCAAUCCAAGGCCCUUUGUAUAAUGCCCAUAUCACUUGCGAGCGCGAUUUACCAUACACAAACAGAUAACUCUUCUGCCAUCAAACCUGAACCAAAUGCCCAAAAUCAGUAGAUCCACACACUCACCUACCCACACAGCCGGCCAACCAAGAAGAACACUUGCUCAUGUCAAUUCGUAACUCCACUUCCCAUCUUACAUACCCCACCUCUUCAGGUAAGUUCUUAGUUCUUACUCAAGUCUUGAGAGUGAUCUAAAACCCUUGUUCAUCCCCUUACUUUUUGACAAUUGGUAUCAAAGUCAGAUGCCAUAAGUUGGCCUUUUCACUGUUUCUUCACUCUUCUAAUUUUGCUUCGUCCAAAAGAUGUAAUGUCAUCACCCUCGAAAAGAAAAGGAUAGAAAGGAAAAAAAGAAAAAUUCAAAGCUUUUUCUUAGGUUGUCAAAGCUCUCUCGGGUAUGUUCUUAAAUUAAUCAAUGGUGGAGAGAGAUAGUGGUGGAAGAAGGCCAAAGAAAAUUUUCUUUUCUUUCUUUUAUCGGUAAGGAUUAUACUUUACUUUUCUUUUUGUGAUAGUGGAGAGAAGAGUGGGUCAUGUAAAGGAGGGAAGAAAUGGAUUUUGAAAUGACUCAUGGUUGGUUUGAUUGUUUAAUAUGUGAAGAAGGAAAGUUUGUGUUGGGAUGUUUUCUUAUUGUUUUCACAGUAAAAUCAUUAAUACAUGUUGACGUUGUUGGUGGCUU